AUCAUCUCAUCCUUAUGACCGUCACGGUCAUUGAUCAACAGUAUACACGUGAGAACUUGGUUUACAUUCACUGCUUGUUCUGUGGACUCUGGCAAACUACAACAACUCGACUCGCUUGCCCUCCGUUCUAUUACCGUAUCACGCAUCCAGACCCAAUGCCUCUCUCCUCGACCUCCCGCCAUUGAAGAACGGAACUUCACCCAAAGAGCUCACCCGAGUGCCGUGUCGCUCCUCCUUGUUCUCGUAAUCGAAGGAGACCGUGUGGAUCGUCGAGCGGUUGUCCCAGCUGGAUUUUUCAAGCGUCCACUGCCAGCGGAUCUGGAUGUCAGUCGAUUUCUCGUACACGCUGAAUAUCGAUUCAGUACUGCUUGAAUGUGAUUGGAACUGGCGGGCGGCUCACUCGAAGAUGUGGUUGAGGAUCGCGUCGCUCUCUGCCUGAUCGAGCCCCUCGAUUCCAACCGUCAUGGCGCGGUUCGCGAACACCGUCUUCCAGCCGGUCACAGGGUGCGUGCGGACAAGAGGGUGGACGAUGGUGACGUGGCGAGGCGGCGCGCUCGCGUCGUUGGCGUCCUUGUACUG